AGAGUCAGACCAACACGGCCGCUGCCCAUUUAGUUAGUUAUUAUCUCGUGAUCUACGGCACUUAUUGGGUCGUUUAAUAACUAAUAAUUAUUUAAUGUUAGGACUACGGUUGACCUACAUACCAAUUCCAAAUCUUAAAUUAUUUAAUAAUGACUUCUUCAUUAUUAUUUGUGUUAAAAAAACAACAAGAUGUUCCGUUGAACGACACCCACUGUAGGUUGUUUAGAUCAACUGCAAAGAGUGACAACCUUAUUCAAAAAGAGAACGGUUUUAGAAUUAAUAUUAAUUUAGAAUCACUGCACAUUUUCUUAUUUGUAUGCACAAGUAAGAUAUCUGCUUUUUUUUACUGAAAUUAAUGUAUAUUCAAUCAUGUUUGUCGCAGAACGACGAACCACAGCCGACAAUCCAGCAUUUAAAAUUGUAAAAAAAAAUCGAAUGCGUGCUCAUUCUUUCCGUAGACGAAAUUGCCAUUGCUUUGUAAAGUUCACGACCAAAUGAUUAAUGACAUGUGUACUAAUAUUACGUCAAUACUUUAUUUCACCAGUAGUCAUCGCCAAAGGUCUAUUUUGGCCAAUAACUUGAGGCGUCUUGAGGCUUGAUGAAGCCAAGGAGCAAAAUAUAAAAACUACGGUCGGUGGAGGCAACUUUUAAAGUUGUUCCUUAGAUUGAGGGAUCGAGGAUAACGAAUAGAAAAUAGAUUAAGUCACUGAGCUGCGGCGCUGCAGGAUGGCCGAAGGUUGCAUGAUGGGCCUGCGCUACGGCAUGGUCUUCUUCAAUCUCCUCUUCUGGCUGGGAGGGUGUGGCCUACUCGGUGUGGGGGUGUGGCUCUCCGUGACCCAGGGGAACUUUGCCACCCUGUCAUCGUCCCUACCCUCCCUUUCUGCGGCCAAUCUGCUGAUCGCAACGGGAACCAUCAUCAUGGUGAUUGGCUGCCUGGGCUGCGUUGGAGCUGUCAAAGAGAGCCGGCCCCUUCUGCUUGCGUUCUUUCUCUUGCUGCUCCUCAUCUUCCUCCUGGAGAUCCUUUUCAUCAUGCUUUUCUUCAUCCAUCAAGACCAGAUCGAUUACUACGCCCAGAGGGAUCUUAAGAGGGGCCUGCAGCUGUUUGGCACGGAGGGGAACGUUGGCCUGACCAAUGCCUGGAUGAUCGUACAGACUGAUUUCCGCUGCUGUGGGGUGACCAACCACACAGAUUGGUUUGAGGUGUACAACGCCACCCGUGUGCCCGACUCCUGCUGCCUGGAAUACAGCGACAACUGCGGCCUGGACAACCCAGGGACAUGGUGGACGGCGCCAUGCUAUGAGCGUGUGAAGGACUGGCUGAACGAGAACCUGGUGGCCCUGUGGAUAUUCGCCCUGUGCAUGGCCCUUACUCAGAUACUGGGCCUGGUGUUUUCCAUGACAAUGUUCUGUCAGGCGGUGAAAGUGGAGACCUUCUUUGCCUAGCAUCGGGAGCCAACAGCUGGCCCAGCUAAAGACUCUCACCACCGUCCUUUGUUUUUUUUAUCAGAGCGAGAAGGAGAUGCACACGAGACAGAGCUCCCUUCCCACAUCGAAGGACCGUCCUCUUUGUCUCUGUCUGACCCUUUUGAAGCAGACCCAUGGUUGGGCUUGUUAACAUGACAUCUCGCCAUCUUCAGCUAACGAUCCAAGAGCACGGUGUCAGUGCAAUACCCGAAUAGUUGUUGUUUUUUACGAUUUGGCUCUGCGUCAUGUGUGCUCACAUCGCUGAUAAACAUGAAAAAUUAAUUAUGGACGAACUCUGAGAAACGUUAACCUUUUUCUUUCUUCCUUUUAGUCUCUAUAUUCUGAAUGUGUUAAAUUAUUUCCCGGUUUGUAAAUGUGAUUUUCAAAUGAGAGCAGAGUAAACAAAAUAUGCAGAAUGCUGGUGCAGCGAUAAAAAUAGGUUGGGUAAUGCGUUGGGGAAGUGCUCUGAAUGCAUGACUCCUAUGUUGAUAAGUAUUAAAUGUUUUGACUCAUCUAAACUGCUGCUUCUCAUGUUGUCCUUC